AUGGCUAUUAUUUUGUACUGUUUCUUUUUCAGCCGUGAUUUUUAUUCUAUAUUGGGAGUUUCUAAAAGUGCUAACACAAAUCAAAUAAAACGAGCUUAUCGUAAACUAGCUAAAGAACAUCAUCCUGAUAAAAAUAAAGAUGAUCCUGAUGCCGAGAGAAGAUUCCAGGAUUUAGGAGCUGCCUAUGAGGUUUUAUCUGAUGCUGAUAAAAGAAAGAUUUAUGAUCGUCAUGGUGAAGAAGGACUCAGUAAAAGUGAUACUCAUGGAGACCCAUUUUCAAGCUUUUUUGGAGAUUUUGGUUUUGGUUUUGGAGGUAAUCAGGAACAGGAAACACCCCGAGGAGGGGAUGUCUUGAUGGAUCUGGAAGUCACUCUAGAGGAAUUGUAUUCUGGGAAUUUUGUUGAGGUUAUUAGAUAUAAACCAGUAGCUAAACCAGCUAAAGGUACCAGGAAAUGUAACUGUAGAAAUGAAAUGGUAACAACUCAGCUUGGUCCUGGUCGAUUUCAGAUGAGUCAGCAGCAAGUUUGUGAUGAGUGUCCCAAUGUUAGAUUUGUACCAGAAGAAAGAAUAUUAGAAAUAGAGAUUGAACCGGGAAUGAGAGACGGUCAAAUUUAUCCUUUUGUUGCUGAAGGAGAACCUCAUAUAGAUGGUGAACCUGGGGAUUUGAAAUUUAAAAUAAAACAGGCAAAACAUAAAAAGUUUGAGAGAAGAGGAGAUGAUCUGUAUACCAAUGUAACAAUAAGUCUAGUUGAUGCCAUGGUGGGUUUUGAAAUGGAAAUAAAUCAUUUAGAUAAUCAUAGGGUUCAUGUAUCUAGAGAUAAAAUUACGUGGCCUGGUGCCAGAUUACGGAAAUCAGGAGAAGGGAUGCCAAAUUAUGAAAAUAAUAACGUAAAAGGAGCUUUAUAUAUCACUUUUGAUGUGGAAUUUCCUAAAGGAUCUUUAACAGAAGAACAACGACAAGCAUUGAAGGAGUUGUUAGGACAGGAGUCAAAACAAACAGUUUACAAUGGUCUUCAAGGUUUUUAA